AUGGCGUCGCCUGUUGCAGUCCUCCUCUUGCUUCUCGCCUUCUCGUACAUCGUCUACCAGCUGUUUCUCCAUCCACUGGCACAGAUCCCUGGUCCUCGUCUCGCUGCCUUCACGAAUCUAUGGAAAGUCUAUCACAUUUACAGCACACAGCUACACGAAGUCUUGCUAGAACUUCAUAAGGUGCAUGGCCCUGUUAUUCGCAUCGGUCCGAACGAUGUCCACAACUUGUUUGGAACUCAGGACGAUGAUCUGCACGCCUUACGAAGACGACAACUUGCGCAUGGGUUCAGUCAAAAGUCGAUCGUCGCGAUGGAAGACAUUCUUGACGAGCGAUUGACAGUUCUAUGCGACCGCAUUACCAUGUUCGCCGAAACAGGACAGCCCUUUGACUUGAAAGACUGUAUCUCCCGCUAUGUGCUUGACAUUCUGGGCGAAGCAGCGUUCAGCUGUUCAUUCAACGCACAAAUACCGGGUGCCGGCGAAUUCGAACAAGUGCCGAAGGCGAUUAAUGGCCAUGUCCUGAUGGGAAGCAUCAUCGGCGAGCUUCCAUUCCAGUCACUGAACAAGAGGCUGCUUGCAGGGUCGCCCUUCAAAUGGAUGAGAGAGAUUGUCAGCAAUCGAAUACUAUUACGGAACACAUGUGCUGAAUGUGUUCAAGCUCGACUCGAUGGUGGAUCGAACAAGGAUCGCAAAGACCUACUCCAGUCACUUAUCAAAGCCAAAGAUCCCGAGACAGGCGCCAGCCUCACGACCAUUGACAUUAAUACCGAAGCUUUCGCAAUGCUUGUCGCAGGAUCUCACACAACCGCCGGCACCCUUGGCCUCUUCUUCGCUCACUCUCUCCGCGAUCCUCAAAUCAUGGCAAGACUCGUGAGCGAGCUUGAGUCGAAGCUUGAUCCGCUCGACCAGAGCACCGGACGCCAGACGCACGCCAUCACUGGUCUGGAGGACAGCCUGCCGUAUCUCAUGGCUUGUGUUCGCGAAAACUUCCGCAUGACUCCAGUCUUCACCAUGCCGUUAUGGCCUCGGGUCACUGCAAGCGAAGGACUCGCCGUUUGGAACACAGUCAUACCUUCUAAUACAAAUGUUUCAGCCAGCAACUUUGUCCAGCAUCACGAUGCCUCGGUCUGGGGAGCGGAUCACGCCAAGUUUGACCCCGAUCGGUGGCUCGACGGUCGUACUGAAGGGCUUUCCGCUGCUCUAAUACCAUUCAGUCUGGGCCAUCGCAUGUGCAUUGGGCGCAAUCUUGCGAUGACGAACAUUCUGAAAACAAUCUCAACCCUGCUUACGAGAUUUGAGAUUACCAUGAUGAAAGAUGCAAAGAAGGAGUCGGUACGAUUUGAAAGCUAUGGAAUUGGGGAGCUGCAAGGCACUCUGAUGUGUACUGCUCGAUUUCGCAACAUCUGA